GCGCGCUGCGCGUCCCGUCUAGUUUUCCACAACUGUUAUUUUCCUAACAUUUUUUUUUCCAUGUGGAGUGUAAUCGUCAACGCUGUUUAACGGGGGGAAUCCAGCCCAUAUAUUUAUUGUAGCCGCUCUUGAAUAUUGUGCUCAAGAUGGCCGCCGAUGUGGGAUCGAUGUUUCAAUAUUGGAAGAAAUUUGAUCUCCGGCGGCUUCAGAGGGAGCUAAAUUCAGUGGCGGCACAACUAGCAGGCCGACAGGAAGAGAGCGAGGACUCCCAUAAGCACCUGGUGGAACUGAGCCGGGAAUUCAAGAAAAAUGUCCCAGAGGAGGUGUUGGAGAUGGUUUCGCCCGUCCUCAAGAGUUUCCAAGCUCAGGUCAGUCAGCACUCCCCGUUUAAUGCAGACAACAUCAUAUCCACCUCAAAAACAUUGCAGCUCUCAUAUCUGUUCAUGCUGGAGAUAUUUGUAUAUUAA